AUGGGCCAAAACCUGCUGAAACAGGUACUAGCGUCACAGCUCACCCCUCAAUCGUCUCUGGGCUCCGCUUCCAAACCCAGAAGACCCCACCUCCCCAAUAUCUUCACGGUAUUAAAUAAGGAGUAUACUGACCACUGGGAACAUGAGCGUCAUGGCCCACAUUCGCAGUCCACCGAAGACCUGGGCGGCCUCUUCUUGCUGCCGGUGAUGUCAAAUGACUCGCAAUUCUCGCUGAUGUCCAAGUUUUCCGCAUCCUCCGUCACUGAGAACUUCACCCUAGUGGAUCCUCAGAUUGUUAACAUCAAGGACUCGGAGAACUUCUCCCCGCUCCUCCUGCUCCCGUUAGAGAUCCUCUACCAGAUCAUUGAGAUCGUCUACUACGACGAGAAUACCAGCUCCAUACCUGCCAACUUGGAAAAGUUCCUGAAAACUAUCCCAAUUCUACUGAAAACAUUCAACCAGUUGGCUAUCAGAUUCCUCUACAAGUAUGCCAUCUUCAAUAGACCGCACUCAUUCGAUCGGUUUUUGCUGAAUAUUGUCAACCAGCCCGAUCUUGGCCAGUACGUAGAGUUCAUGGACUUCCAAACCUUCACUUCCAUUGGUCUCGGCAGAACAGGCAGAAUGAAUCAGGAGAUCCAGAUGGUCACCUCCGACACCAUCCAGCACGCAUUGCUGUUGUGCCCCAACCUAGUAGAGUUCUUGGCUUCUGAAAAUAUCCAGGAUGACUUGAAUGUGACGGUUCUCCUGACCUUGUUCAACGAUAUGCCCAAGAUCCAGGCGUUGGACUUUUGCGGAGCAUCGCUGCCUCAAUUUGCUCAAGCUUUCCGUGAGUUGGUGAUUAACCCGAUCGAUCUUUCUGAGUCCGAGAUGGAAAACAGUUCCAUUGUGUCCUCCAAGCCUAUCUUAUCGCAUCUCUUCAAGCUCUCAUUCCACGACUGCUCAAACUUGAGUCCUGCUGUGUUAGAGAAGCUUCUUCCGCAUUUAAUCAACCUUCGCCGUCUCGAUUUGACCCACACGGCCGUCACUUCCAAGCUUCUUUUCGACCACAUGCCUCGCUCAUGUCGUUUGACUCAUCUUUCUUUGGCCAGAUGCUCCAAGUUGACGACCAAGGACCUCAUCCAGUUCUUCACCCAACAUCCUGCCGUGUGCCUGGACUCACUCCAGUGGCUUAACUUGCAGAUUGAUUCCAACGUGGUGUCUCCAUUGACUGACCAGUAUCUCAUGUUCACUUUGAACCAUCUCAAGGCUACGGACUUGCGCUACCUCAACUUGGGAGGCAUGCCGGUCAACAGCAACAUCUUGAAACUCAUCAAGUCCAAGUUCUCCAAAUUGGAGAGUUUGACGAUCUCGCACUCGCUGGUGGAAAUGGCGGACUUGACGGGAUUUAUGACUGACAACAAGACCCUCAAGUUUCUUGACGCAACCAACUGCAAGGCCUUGAACAGAGGAAACAUCACGAACUUCUUGAAGUCAUGCUUUGACUCUGGACUUGAGGCGCUCGAAUUUGAUUACAAGGUUUUGUAUGAUCUCACAGGCGGAUCUUCGGUACGGGUGGAUCCAUUGCAGACUGAUUUUUCCAUUGGAAGCAAUUCGGGGCUUCCGCAAGCUUGGAAGUUUUACGACAACGAAGGAAGAAGAGCUUGGAUCUACAAGAUUGACUCAUCCAAUCCUUCAUACGACCAGAUCAUCUCGGGGGGCAAGACCGAUGCCGGUGCCAACUCCAAUAUGGUGUACUAUGACUUGGAGACAGGUGCAAAGAUCGAGACUAAGGUGACGAAACCGGAAUUUCUCAAGUAUGCGUCAAGAAAGAUUAACUGCUCAAUUGGCUAUUACAACCUCAGCACCGUUAAAAAAAAGUCUUACAUUCGCGGCCAGGUCCACGAGCUGGUGUGGCCUGUGGAGUUCAGUCAGCGCGGAAUCUAUAACUACUACUCGCUCAAUGUCAAAUGA